AUGGCGGCAGAGUGGAUAGCACCCAUGGAGAGGACAAGAGCUCUGGGAGUACGGGGGCUGAGGUUAGCUCAGAUCCGAAGAACCAAGCAGACAGACAUGGAUGGACAGAACUGCAACAAUAUCUGUUCUCGGACACAUCAACCAGCUGUAAAUUUGAAGAAGAAGAAGAAAAAAGAAAUUCCUGACAGAGUGACUUUGAAGAAGGAGAUUGGACUGCUGAGUGCCUGUACCAUCAUCAUAGGAAACAUCAUUGGCUCUGGGAUCUUCAUCUCUCCAAAGGGAGUCCUGGAGCACUCUGGUUCAGUGGGUUUGGCCUUGGUGGUGUGGGUACUAGGAGGUUGUGUUGCUGCUCUAGGCUCGAUGUGCUACGCUGAGUUGGGCGUCACCAUUCCUAAAUCUGGUGGCGACUACUCCUAUGUGACGGAAAUAUUUGGCGGAUUGACAGGGUUUCUGUUGCUGUGGAGCGCAGUCCUCAUCAUGUACCCAACCACCCUCGCUGUCAUUGCUCUGACUUUCUCCAGCUAUGUGCUGCAGCCUGUCUUCCAAAAUUGUGCUCCUCCAUACAUGGCAACACGACUUUUGUCUGCAGUUUGCCUUUUAUUGCUGACCUGGGUGAACUGCUGUAGUGUCCGUAUGGCUACCAGGAUCCAAGAUAUUUUCACAGUGGGAAAACUUAUGGCCUUGGGCCUUAUCAUUGUUGUGGGUCUGGUCCAGAUCAGUAAAGGAAACUAUGAGGCACUGACUCCUCAGGUUGCCUUUUCAAUAAACAGGAUACCAUCCAUUGGACAGAUCGCUCUGGCCUUCCUGCAGGCAUCCUUCGCCUUUAGUGGCUGGAAUUUCCUCAACUAUGUAACAGAAGAAGUGGUUGAACCCAGACGGAAUCUACCUCGUGCCAUCUACAUCUCCAUUCCAUUGGUGACUUUUGUGUACACACUCACCAACAUCGCCUACUUUUCCUCCAUGUCACCUGAGGAGCUGCUUUCCUCCAAUGCUGUUGCUGUUACAUUUGGUGAAAAGCUGCUUGGAGUCUUCGCUAUUAUUAUGCCGAUUUCAGUGGCUCUGUCCACCUUUGGGGGAAUCAAUGGUUACCUGUUUACUUCUUCAAGGUUGUGUUUCUCAGGAGCCAGAGAGGGCCAUCUACCCAGCCUGCUUGCUAUGAUACACUACAAGAAAUGUACGCCCAUCCCUGCCCUCCUCGUUUGCUGUGCGGCCACAAUUGUUAUACUGUGCAUCGGAGAAACACACAACCUGAUCAACUACGUCUCCUUUAUCAACUAUUUGUCAUAUGGUGUCACUAUAGCAGGUCUGCUGUUCUAUCGGUGGAAGAAACCUAACUUAUAUCGUCCUAUUAAGGUAAACCUCCUAGUUCCUGUUUCCUAUCUGAUGUUCUGGGCAUUGCUUCUUGGAUUUAGCCUGUACUCAGAGCCAGUCGUCUGUGGUGUUGGUUUGGUAAUCAUGCUUACUGGUGUGCCCGUCUAUUUCCUUGGUGUCCACUGGAAAGUAAAACCAAAGUGUGUCUACAACUUUACUGCUUGGGCUACAUCAGUGGGCCAGAGGCUGUGUUUUGUGGUCUUUCCUCAGAUUGACCCUAUUGAGAUCGCCAGUCCUUCAGAAUGGACUGACCGCUCAUCUGGCAGAAACGGUUUCUUCAGCAGUUCAUGAAACUGCCUUUUCUGAACAUGCGAAGAUUGGUGUUCUGUUUGCUUUUUUAAAACAUGUUAGUUUGUAUGCUCAGACAUGCUUUUCCACCAUGGAGUCUGAUCUGUGAGCCUGAAAAAUUAAGCUUUUUCUCUAACAUUCAAGUGAAAAUGCUCACUGUCUGUUUGAUGUCUUCACUUUUGAUUUCCAUGUAUUGUCUUUGAAGGAUCCAUGUGCAAAAGUCUCAUUCACUUUUUAAAGAUUUAAUUUUUCUGUAACGACACAGAACCCAGAUUGACUGACAUUUCCUAAUAACUGAAUUUAUUUUUUCUAAAUAAUUCUAGGAUGUCAUUGUGCCUUAAAGUCUUUUUUACACCAAGUCAAAACAAGUUAAAUGUAAAAAAAAAACACUAAAACUAC